AUGCAAGACCCACACCAUACUGUACGCAUAGGUGGCAGAAAGUCCAAAUUGGCUGUUGUUCAGUCGCAUGAGAUCAAGGACAUGAUCGAGAGUGCAUUUCCGCACUACAGUUGCACCGUCCGUGCACUCAAGACAUUCGGAGACCAAGUCCAUUCCAAACCGCUUUACUCAUUUGGUGGUAAAGCUUUGUGGACCAAAGAACUGGAAGAUUUGCUAUACGAGAAAGACAAAGAGAAACGUAUAGACCUCAUAGUGCACUCACUGAAAGACAUGCCAACAUCGCUACCAGAUGGGUUUGAAAUUGGAGGAAUUACGAAACGGGUGGACCCCAGCGAUUGUUUAAUCAUGGCAAAGGACAGCCACUAUAAGAGCCUUGACGAAUUGCCAGACGGCAGUGUUGUCGGUACCUCGUCCAUAAGAAGAUCUGCACAGUUGAGACGCAAGUUUCCCAAACUCGUGUUCGAGAGUGUCAGAGGCAACAUCGAGACUAGGCUCAGCAAACUUGAUGACCCAGUGACCCCAUUCUCAUGCAUCAUAUUGGCCACUGCCGGACUUGUGAGACUCAAUCUCGAGCAUAGAAUCACUCAGCGCUUCAACUCUUCUGUCAUGUACCAUGCGGUGGGACAAGGUGCCCUGGGUAUCGAAAUACGGUCGAAAGACCCAUGGGUCUCCGAACUACUAGAGAAAAUCACUGACAAACAAUCCACCAUCUGUUGUUUGGCAGAAAGAUCACUUAUGAGAACACUAGAAGGCGGGUGCUCGGUGCCAAUAGGUGUUGAGUCUUUCUACAAAGAAGAAACCCGGUCCUUGCUCCUGAAGGGCGUGGUGAUCAGCGUGGAUGGUACCGAGGCCGUCGAGGAUGAGUUCUCCAUGGUCAUUGACGAUACUCGCCAAGACUCAAUCAUCUGCGGACAGCAGCUAGCGCAGAACUUGAUAAAGAAGGGCGCUAAAGAUAUCCUGGAUCAGAUAAACCUCGACAAAGUUGUGCAAUAA